GUAGAUGCGUUUUUUAUUAUAAUUAUUUUGAAUUUCUUUAUUAAUUCGUUUAACCGAACGUUAUGGUCAGUAAAGUGUUUCAAAAUGUUACACAAGUAAUUAAGUUUCAAUUAUCAUAUUUAUUUAAGCUCGUUUGAGAUAAAAUAUUAAUUGAUCCAUUCUCAAAGUCCGCUUCCUCGCAUGGUUAUGACUCAAGUAUGACUUUGACCUACCACCUCUUCAAAGGUUUAGAUAAUAACACCGUAACACCAAUUUCCCCUGCCACUCUCAAUUUGUAGUUUAGAAAAAAUGAAACUAUGUUAUUCUUCUUAUUCAAACAACAAUAUUUCAAAUAAAUCAAAUAUGUUGAGUAAAUUAAUUUGUUGUGAGCACAAUUACUGAGUAUAAAAGUUUUGUUACAGUGAAUUAUGAACAGAUUAUCAAGAAACGACUACAAAGGUCACUCAAGAAUGAACAAAGUUUGUUCAUCAAAAAUGGCAAGGUCUUUAUGUGGCACACAUAGAGGACAUGAUUUCCAAAGAAAAUCGGCAAAUCGCAGAAAAGCAGAUGAUGAUAAUACCAUGCAAAAGAAAAGACGGAGUAAGAGCGUUUUGCCACCACAAGGUCAGAGGAGGUCGAUGCCACAAAAACAUGGUGAAGUUGCACAGCGGAGAAGACGCGCAACCGGACAUAAUAGUUCUAGAGCUGAAAUAAGGAACCAGUCUGAAUAUGAGUUAAAGAUGUACCUCGAAGAUAAGUAUGACUGCGUGCAACAUACAAACAGUUUAAGAGAAUUUCACAAAGAACCAGUUUCUCAACAGCAGAAUAUAAAAGUGUCAGAAAAAGCUUUUUCUCUGCAGGAACCAAAUUUAAAAAGGGACUAUCGAGAAGCAGACGACAUCCAGUGUCAACCCGCCAAACAGCAGACGUCCGACAGCCAAACUAUGAAACCUACUAAACAUGGCAACUUAGACAUGAACAAAUUUACUGAUGUCUGCCCUAAGUCACAAGCUUCUUGCACUCGGCAAAUCAGUGAGAAGUUACUACAAGAUGAUUUAAGAAAUGAAGUGACUGGCGAGAAGAAAACAAAGAAAGGAUUUUUCACCAAUGUUUAUCGCAGUUUUCUUGCUUGUUUUGGAAUUAAAAAUCAUAGAAAAUGA